GUAUCUCAAAUAAAUAGAUGAGGGUUUGAAGCCUACAGCAUUCAGGUGAAAGACAGAAGUAUUCACCACAAAAUGAGGUGUUUCGUGGUGCUAGCCGUCCUGGCGUUGGCGGCUACGGCUUUGGCUAACAUCAAUGUGCCGAUCAAGAACCACUGGAACGGCGGGUUCCAGGGAGAGGCCUGCUUUAUCGUCAACGUCACGGUCCACACAUGGGCCAUCCACUUGAUGUUUGACAGGGAAAUCCAAAGCCUUGAUGCAUACGUUGCUGACGUCUCCCGCAAACUUAACGGAGGUAAAGAGUAUGUCCUCACCAGCAAAAGUUUCAACCAGGACCAACACCACGGAGACAGAUUGUGUGUCCAGUUCACCGGACAUGCACACGGAGACGUCGUCCCCAAGGUCACCGCGAGGAUGGACAAACAGCCCCAUGGGGGAUCUGGAUCCAGUGUGACAGCGUCACCCACCAGAGCUCCAGCAACCGCCCGGCCUGGACACACCCUGCCCCCAACUGCUCCGGCAUCAGUGUCCAUCCCCAGCGGUAACGGGAUCAGAGCUCAACUUCACGUUACGAAUUCUUGGGACUCCAGGUUUCAGGGCGAGUUCGACUUCAAGGUCACCAAAGACAUCAUUGGCUGGAUGGUCAAGAUCAACUUCAACAAAGAAGUUGACGCGAUAGACACCCAGUAUGCUGAAGCCUACCACCACUCUGCCGACGGGAAGGAAUGGGUUCUGGUCAACAAGAAAGACCGUCCAAUUUUCAAGGCUGGUGACACAAUGAAACUAUCAUUCUACGGCAACUACAAAGGUGGGAAGCCAGCUCCAGAUGGAUCUGCCCUGCUCAUCAACAUGGGUGUCGACUCCUGGAAAUUCAACACAGCACCUGAUCAUGACAAUUCCAAAUACAACUACAACGACGUCCUGUACAAGUCCAUUUUGUUCUACGAGACUCAGAGAUCCGGAAAGCUUCCAGCGUCGAACCGUAUUCCUUACAGAGGAGACUCAGCAAUGCACGACCAAGGGGAGAAUGGAGAGGACCUGACCGGGGGCUGGUAUGAUGCCGGCGAUCACGUCAAGUUCAACUUCCCCAUGUCCUACAGCACCACGGUGCUCACCUGGGGUUAUCUCCUCUUCCCCGAGGCCUACAAGGCUGCAGGUCAGGAGGACAAGUUCCUGGACUGUAUACGGUGGCCGUUGGAAUAUCUGCUCAAGUGUCACACAGGACCUAAUGAGCUGUAUGUGCAGGUGGGAGAUGGCAACCGUGACCACAACUACUGGGGUCCACCCGAGAAGAUGACUAUGCCGAGACCGUCCUACAAGAUCACUGCGUCCAAACCAGGAAGUGACGUUGCCAUGGAAACCGCUGCCGCUAUGUCUGCUGGUUAUCUGGCUUUCAAAAACAAAGACGCUCACUUUGCCAACAAACUCCUCGCGUCAGCCAAAUCCCUGUGGACCUUCGCCUGGAAUCACCAGGGCAAGUACAGUGACUCGGUUCCCGCUGCUGCCAGUUUCUACAGCUCCUUCAACCUGACUGAUGAAAUGGCCUGGGGCUCUCUGUGGCUGCACGAGGCCACCAAUGACCCCAUGUACCUGAACAAGGCAAAGACACUGUUUGACCCAGAUCCUGCAUGGGGCAUGUCCUGGGAUGAGAAGACCAUUGGCAAUCAGUUGCUACUGUACAAAGCUACAGGAGAAGCCAAGUAUAAGCAGGCCAUAGAGGGCACGUACAGAUCAUGGUUCCCUGGUGGCGACAUCAAAUACACACCCAAGGGCUUGGCUUUCAGACUGCAGUGGGCAUCGCUUAGAUACUCUUCCAACAUGGCCAUGGGUGCACUGAUUGCGGCUAAACUGGGAGUGAACCCCGGACCAUACCGCCACUGGGCCAUGUGCCAAAUCCACUACGCCCUGGGAGACACUGGCUUCAGCUACCUCAUCGGGUUCGGGAACAAAGGCUAUCCCCGCAGUCCACAUCACAGAUCCAGCUCAUGCCCCAACCUGCCCGCCCCCUGUGGACCGUUCAUCCAGUCCAGCAGUGAGCCCAACGUUCACAUCCUGUACGGAGCUCUGGUCGGAGGUCCUGGAGAUAGCGACAACUACUCAGACAAACGUUUGAACUACGUCAAUAACGAGGUGGCCACAGACUACAACGCUGGGUUCACCACCGCUAUUGCUGCACUGAAAUCCCUGUGGAUACACAAACAGCAUCCAGAGCAGACCGGCCACGCACAGUGUCCCUACAGUGCUGGUGGUCCCGCUGUGGGCUAAAUGCUUUAGCCCAAAUUACUGCACCCAGCCCAACUUUAUGUUAUUAUAUAAGGGAAUCACUGAGAAAAACUCGUGAUGUCACAGUGUUGUAGUUUUUUUUUAGAAAUUGUAAAAUCAAAAUUUGCAGACUUACUCUAUUUUAAAACCUUUUGUAUAUGAAUAUGUUGGGGGGUUUUUUUUGGCUCUUAUACAGUCAUAUACAGCAAUUUCAUUUCACUUAAUGAAGUACUUUGAACUAUUAAAAACGGUAAAGUUUGCAACCAAAAUGGACAUCACGAGUUUUUCCUUAAACCUUUUGUGCGUUGGAGACUUUGGUCAUUUUUUUUUCACAUUGCGCUAAAAUAUUGUCCGGCUGAAUUCCAAAUAAAGCACAAUUGAACACUUUCAA